UUUCGGCCAGAACCACCAUCUUUCAGUAAUUCGCCAAAAUGACAAACACAAAGGGAAAGAGGAGAGGAACCCGAUAUAUGUUCUCCAGGCCUUUUAAAAAACAUGGAGUUGUUCCUUUGGCCACAUAUAUGCGAAUCUACAAGAAGGGUGAUAUUGUAGACAUCAAGAGAAUAGGUACUGUUCAAAAAGGAAUGCCCCACAAAUGUUAUGGCAAAACUGGGAGAGUCUACAGUGUUACCCAGCAUGCAAUUGGCAUUAUUGUGAAUAAGCAAGUUAAGGGCAAGAUUCUUGCCAAGAGAAUUAAUGUGUGUAUUGAGCAUAUUAAGCACUCUAAGAGCCGAGACAGCUUCCUGAAAUGUUUGAAGGAAAAUGAUCAGAAAAAGAAGGAAGCCAAAGAGAAAGGUACCUGGGUUCAUCUGAAGCGCCAGCCUGCCCCACCCAGAGAAGCACAUUUUGUGAGAACAAAUGGAAAGGAGCCUGAACUGCUGGAAACUUUUCCCUAUGAAUCCAUGCCAUAAUAAAUGU